ACCCAGCUGGGUAUACCCCGUGGGUAUACCCAGCUGGGUACUUUUCUUGGCAUCUUACUAACAUGCGCCUAGAACGACAGAGCAAGGCCUACCAUGAGACUUAUUUGCAUCUUCUGGAGGUUUCCGGUGGUUGCAAGUUGCGUCCACAGGAGAGCUAGGAUUUGCCCACAGAGCCGUCAGUCUAUUCCUAAAGUCUCCCCUCCCACACCUGCCUAUGAAGAGCUUAUGGAACAGAUCAAGAUGGUCCUGCUCCUCUUCAUUACACGGGAACGUAUAGACUCCCCUCCGAUAUCCGUGAUAUGUGCGGCCGUUUUCUUCGAGGAAGAGACUUCUAUCCAAAGACCUAAGGCAGAUAAAUAAUGGGAGGCAAGAGUCCCGGCAUCGGUCACCCAC